AUGGAGGCUGCCCUGGUGAGUGGAUUCAUCAAAAUUAUUGUGCCAAGGCUGUUUUCUCUCUCAAGUGAGAAGUACAAGCUGCACAAGAGCGUCAAGGGUAAUGUCGAAUUCCUGCAGCAUGAGCUUGAGAUGAUUGCUAGAACUAUUGAUGACCAGAUCUCCAGGGGAGAGCAUCUUAGCUCAGCUCGAACUCAGUGGAUCCAGGAGCUGCGUCAACUGGCCUAUGAGAUUGAGGACUGCAUAGACCGCUACGUGUAUCGUCUGACCUACAAGCAGCAAGCAUCGUCCAUCCGUCGGGCCACCAUGGUACUCGCCAGCUUGCAGUUCGCCGACGAGAUCCGGAAGCUCCGGGACAAAGUCAAGGAACCAUACGAGCGCAUACGGAGGUACACAUCCGACUCCCAGUGGUCUACUCCGGUUGAGCCGCCAGCGCCUGCGUAUGAUCCGCACACCAAGAAGGCCGACCUCGUCGGAAUCGACGUGCCGCAAGAGGAGCUCUUGGAGCUCCUGGAAGAUGACGAGGUUGAAUGGAGGAGGAAGGUUAUCUCCAUCGUUGGGUUCAAUGGGGUAGGCAAGACCGUUCUUGCUGAGCAGGUGUAUGAAAACGAUGCUGCUAACCAGUUCAGUCCGAAGGCUUGGAUUGAUGCACAGGAGAAGGAUGCCAAGGAUGUUCUGUUAUCCCUUCACUCAAGUCUUGGUCUUCACAAUGAACCACAGGGUACCAGCAACGUCAAGCUCCUAAGCUCAAAACUUGAAGGAUACUUGCAAGAUAAGAGGUACCUUAUUGUGAUUGAUGACAUGAGGACUGAACUCUGGAGUACUAUAGGAUCAGCCUUCCCUGAUAACAAGGGUCUCAGUUGCAGAAUAAUAGUGACAACGCCUAUUCAGUCAAUAGCUUAUGCCUGCAGCUCUGAAGACCUCUAUAUCUACAAAAUGAGAGGACUUGAUAAGAAACAUUCAGCACAACUGUUCAAGAGGAAAGGGACAAAAGUUGAACUCGAACAAACACAGAUUUUGAAGAAAUGUGAUGGUCUACCACUUGCCCUAGUUAGCAUAGCACAGUUCAUGUCCAAAAAGUGUGUGCCAAAUGGAACAAGCUGUAAAGAUGUGUGCAACAGGCUAGGCUACUAUUUGGAGAUGGACAAAGAUACCUUGGCAAGAAUGCAAGGGGUGCUAGCAAAGAACUAUGCAAGCCUACAUGGACAUGAGCUCAAAGCAUGUUUGCUAUAUUUGGGUUUGUUCCCAAGUGAGCAUCCAAUCAGGAAGAAGAGGUUGUUAAGGCGUUGGUUAGCUGAAGGCCUUGUAGAAACACAAGACCUCGCAGUGAUGAAUUUUCAGGAAUUCAUAGACCGGAAUAUCACCAGGCCCAUUGAUGUGAGCUACAAUGAAAAGGUGAAGGCAUGCAGAACUUGUGGAAUAAUGCUCGAGUGGAUUAGACUCAAGUCCGUCUCUCAAGAUUUCAUUACCCUAUGUUGUGACGGCAUAGUAAAGUUGCUCUGUGAUCAGGGGGCGCAACCUAAAUGUGUCCGUCGGCUCUGUCUCCAUCGUGGUGGUACAGCCCAUGUGAGUUUUGGUAAUGUAUCACUUGUCCGUUCGCUGACGAUCUUCAACGAGGCAGAUGAAACUUUGGUGGAUUUUGGGAACUGUCAGCUACUACGUGUUUUAGAUCUUGAAGAAUGCAACAAUUUGAGUGAAGAAAAACUCAGAGGAAUUUGCAACUUGCUGCUGCUGAAGUACCUUAGCCUGGGAGGAACAAUUACAAAACUUCCAAGAGAGAUUGCAAAUCUGGAAUUUUUGCAGACACUCGACAUAAGGAGAACAAAUGUCAGAACACUGCCCAUAGACGUCAUGUCGCUUCCCUUUCUCGUCCAUCUGCUUGGAAAAUUUAGGCUCACUGGGAAAAGCAACUUGCAGACAUUGGCAGGAUUUAUCGUUGGUGAAAGUGAAGGAUUUCUGCAGCUACUGAGUCAUAUGAACAAUCUGCGAAAGAUCAAAGCAUGGUGUGAGUCUAUUUCCGGCAGCAAUGGCACAGUUCAUCUUGUGGAGCCUGUUCAAAAGUACAUCCAAGAUAACGAUGAGGAGGAGCAAACUAACCAGGAUGACCGCUCCAUGUCACUUCAUUUUAAGGUUUCCUCUUUGGACUUCCAUUCUUUGAAAGGCCCCUGCUAUCUUAGCUCACUGAAAUUGCAUGGCAUGUUAGGGACGGCAUUGCCUCCGUUUGUUUCAUUAUUGCGUGGUCUCCGUGAGUUGUGCCUUUCAACAAGCACCCUGACAGCAGAUAUCCUGGCUACAGUGAGCAAAUUAUGCUACUUGCAAUAUCUCAAGCUGAUUGCAGACCAGAUUGAAGAAUUCUUCAUAGAAGCAGGGGCAUUCCCGAAGCUGCUGCGCCUGUGCCUUGUGCUUCAACAUCCGACCAAUAAUAUCCUGGUAAUCAAUGAGGGCGCUCUAUCAAAGCUUGUCGCACUUCAGCUGCUUUUUGAAGGUCUAAAUGGUCCUUCUGGCAUCAAUAUUGCACACCUGAAAUCCCUUAAGGAAGUUACACUUCAUCCUGAUCAAACUAUAAAACUGGAUCAAUGGCAACAAGCAGCUAGGGAUCAUCCGAACAGGCUCAAUGUUGAACUUAUGGGCACCAUUGAUCCAAUGGAUAUUGAUGCUGCAGAGAAUUCUCCUCUGCAAGAUGAGAAAUCAACUCCUGAGAACGUCACACAAAGGCCACUUCAGGAUCAUUCCAGUUCAUCUACCAGACUCAAAGUAAUGAUGACGUGA